AUGCUGCCCUUAACAGACAAAAGAGGCAUUAUAUUUGACAGCUUUCCUGAUCCUUCAGAUACUUGGGAGAUAAUCAAAACAAUUGGCAAAGGAACAUAUGGCAAAGUUUUCAAGGUGUUCAACAAGAAAAAUGGGAACAAAGCAGCAGUCAAGAUCUUGGAUCCAAUUCAUGAGAUUGAUGAGGAGAUUGAAACUGAAUACAAGAUUUUGAAAGCACUUUCUGAUCAUCCAAAUGUAGUCAAAUUCUAUGGACUGUACUACAGAAAGGAUGUCAAGGAAGGAGACCAACUCUGGCUGGUUCUGGAGUUAUGCAGUGGAGGAUCCGUAACUGACCUUGUGAAGGGCUUUUUGAAGAGAGGAGAAAGAAUGAGUGAACUUACCAUUGCUUAUAUUUUACACGAAGCUCUGACGGGACUUCAGCAUUUGCAUGAAAACAAGACUAUUCACCGUGAUGUCAAAGGAAAUAAUAUCCUCUUGACCACUGAAGGAGGUGUUAAACUUGUGGAUUUUGGUGUAUCUGCUCAGCUGACCAGCAGUUGCCUCCGUCGAAAUACUUCGGUAGGGACUCCCUUUUGGAUGGCUCCUGAGGUGAUUGCAUGCGAGCAACAGCUAGAUAGUUCCUAUGAUGCUAGAUGUGAUGCGUGGUCCCUGGGUAUUACAGCUAUAGAGCUAGGUGAUGGAGACCCACCUUUGGCUGAUUUGCAUCCUAUGAGAGCUUUGUUCAGAAUACCAAGGAAUCCAUCUCCAACAUUACAGCAGCCAGAACUGUGGUCAUCUGAAUUCAAUGACUUUAUCAGCAAGUGUUUAACCAAAGAUUAUGAGAAGCGCCCCAGAGUGACUGACCUACUGCAGCAUGAUUUUGUGAAGCAGGUGGAGGGCAAAGAGAAUAUCCUGCAAAUGCAACUGAUGGAGUUUAUUGAUGUUCACCAGCAGAUGGGCGUUACUGAAAAAGCAAGAUUUGAACGUAUACAUACUAAAAAAGAAAAUUUCAUUAGGUCUCCAGCUGCUAACCAGGAGGAUGUGGAUGAUCUGGCAACCUUAGAAGUAUUAGAUGAGAAUACAGUAACAGAGCAACUGCAAAAGAGUUACACUCGGGAUCAGAUCUACACUUACGUGGGAGAUAUCCUCAUUGCAGUCAAUCCUUUUCGGAACUUAGACCUUUACUCUACAAAGCAUUCCAGAUUGUACAUGGGGGCCAAACGGACUGGCAAUCCUCCACAUAUUUUUGCUAUGGCUGAUACUGCAUAUCAAUCAAUGGUCACCUAUGGGUCAGAUCAGUGUAUUGUCAUUUCUGGAGAAAGUGGAGCGGGGAAGACUCAAAGUUCUCAUCUGCUAGUUCAACAGUUGACUGUCCUUGGAAGAGCUAAUAACAGGACUCUUCAAGAAAAGAUUCUCCAGGUCAACAAUUUGUUGGAGGCUUUUGGAAAUGCAGGCACUAUUAUUAAUGAUAAUUCUAGCAGAUUUGGGAAAUACCUGGAAAUGAAAUUCACUUCUAAUGGAACUGUUGUAAGCACUCAGAUUUCAGAAUAUCUUCUAGAAAAGUCUAGAGUCAUAUGUCAAGCUGGUGGGGAGAAGAAUUUUCAUAUUUUCUACUACAUCUAUGCCGGAUUGGCAGAAAAGAAAAAAUUGGCUCAUUAUAAAUUGCCAGAAAAUAAACCCCCAAGAUAUCUACAAAAUGAACUUCUGAGACCAGUGCAAGAUUUCCUGAACAAUCAUUUUUAUAAAUCCAAGUUUGAAUUAAUUGAGCAGUGCUUCAAAGUAAUUGGGUUUACAAUGGAGGAACUAGGGUGCGUAUACAGUGUACUUGCUGCCAUUUUAAAUGUGGGUAACAUUGAAUUUUCAUCAGUGGUAACUGAAUACAUGAUUGACAAGAGCAUAAUUUCCAAUCCACUGCCUCUGGAGAAUUCUGCUUCCUUGCUGUGUAUCCAAGCAGAUGAGUUGCAAGAAGCCCUAACCUCUCAUUGUGUGGUUACCCGAGGGGAAACAAUUAUACGACCCAACACAAUGGAAAAAGCUACUGAUGUGAGAGAUGCUACAGCCAAAGCAUUGUAUGGGUGGCUGUUUAGUUGGAUAGUCAAUCAUAUUAAUGCCCUGCUCAAACCAACUACAGGUUUAAGGGGAAGUGAUGAAGGGCUGAACAUUGGAAUUCUUGAUAUCUUUGGUUUUGAAAACUUCAAAAAAAAUUCUUUCGAGCAGCUCUGUAUCAAUAUUGCCAAUGAACAGAUUCAGUUUUACUUCAACCAGCAUAUCUUCGCAUGGGAACAGAAUGAAUACCUGAAUGAAGGCAUUGAUGCACGAGUUAUUGAGUAUGACGAUAACAGACCACUGUUAGAUAUGUUCCUACAAAAACCAAUGGGAUUACUGUCCCUCCUUGAUGAAGAAAGUUCUUUUCCUCAAGCCACUGAUCAGACACUUGUUGAAAAGUUUGAAGACAAUCUGAAAUCAAAAUAUUUCUGGAGACCAAAAAGAAUUGAUUUGACAUUUGGCAUUUACCAUUAUGCAGGGAAGGUUCUUUAUAAUGCAAGUGGGUUCUUAGCCAAAAACAGAGAUACCUUGCCAGCUGAUAUUGUACUACUCCUGCGAUCCUCUGAAAAUUACUUGAUUCAACAGCUGGUAAUCGAACCCCUUACAAAAACGGGUAAUUUGGCACACAGCAAGCAUACAAUAAAUUAUCAGAUGUGGAGGCCACAGAAUCCAGUCAGCCAAACAAAAAUGAAGGAGUCCCUGAACUGUAACAGCAUCUACAGCUUAGAACAAAAUGAGCUGGAAGAUUCCAUGCAUCACUCAAGAGAGACAACCAGUAUGAAAACACAGACAGUUGCUUCUUAUUUCCGAUACUCAUUGAUGGAUUUGCUGUCUAAAAUGGUGGUUGGCCAGCCUCAUUUUGUUCGUUGUAUUAAACCAAACAAUGAUCGACAGGCAAAGAAGUAUGACAAAGAAAAAGUAUUGGUUCAGUUGCGAUACACUGGAAUUCUGGAAACAGCUCGGAUUCGGCAACAGGGUUAUUCUCAUCGUAUUCUUUUUGCAAACUUCAUAAAGCGAUACUAUUUCCUUUGUUACCAAUCAAGCAAGGAGCCCCCUAUAAGUCCUGCUACUUGUACUGCCAUCUUGGAAAAAGCCCAGUUGGAUAACUGGAUGGUUGGGAAAACUAAGGUUUUUCUGAAAUACUACCAUGUAGAGAAGCUAAACUUAAUGCAAAAGGAGACAAUCAACAGGAUCGUUUUGAUUCAAACCUAUGUGAGAAAAUGGCUUCGUUCAAAGAGAUAUAAAAAGUUGAAGGAGAAAAGGGAAGCAAGUGCAAUUAAAAUACAAUCAGCUUACAGGGGAUACAUCUCUCGCAAGGAAUAUGCAAAUGCAAAGAAUAUGUAUGGAGUGGGUACGUGGAUUAUCAGGCUCCAGGCAGUUAGAAGAGGAUUCUUAAUCCGAAAGGAAGCUAAAGAAAUAAAUGAUGCAGCAAUAACAAUUCAGUCUCACUUCAGAGGAUACAGGGAGAGAACAAGUUUCAAAAGAAAAAGGGAAUCCCUUCUCAGGAAGAGACAAGGUGAAAUGGCAGCAAGCCCAAAAGAAAAAGAAAAUCUUCCUGAAGAAGGCCAAAACCAGCCCACUCCCCACCGCUUGUCUAAGAAAGGAUCUACCAAAAGCACUAGUGAACCAAGCCAGCAAGCUUCUCAGGAAAGAAGCGAUCCAGCUGAGAAAAACCAGGAAAAUGUUGCUCCCCAGGAAAAUGAUCUGAAAAGAGGAUCUCUGAAAUACGUCCAGCCGAUUCCAUGUGAAAACAAAAUCCCUCUAAGGCAUGGGUUUACAAGAGGCUCUCAGGAACACAAUGAAGCCAGCCAGCCAGCCACAGGGGACAAAGAGAAGGCAGCCCUAGUCAUUCAGAGUAAUUAUCGAGGGUACCGAACAAGAGAUCAGCUCAGAAAGGAAGGGAAGUUACCUUGUGAAAACCACGGUGACAGUGAGCCUGGGACUUUGUCUGAUGGUUUGACUCAAGUUCUAAUAGAUGGUCCAGAGGAGGAGAAAUCUGGCUUGGCUGCUUUCUCCAGGCAGAUAUCACAAUUAUCAGAAGAUUAUCUGUCAAUGCAGCAGAAACUGAAUGAAAUAAUUUUGUCCCAUCAGCUGAAUCCCAUGAAGCUCUCCGCAGACUACCAUUCCAGCAAUCACCUUUCUUCAUAUGUAUAUCAGUCUGUUGGUUUCAAAAGAGAGGAUGGUGGUCGUGUGCAGAGAAGCCCAAGGCGAUCUCACAAACCCAAGACUUUAAACCACCCUGAAGAUUCCACCUAUUACACUCUUCUACAUAAAUUUUCAUCUAUGCAAGAUGAAAAGCGAAAAGCAAGAAAAAACAGUCUGGGCAAGAUACUGAAUAUAGAAGAUCGGUAUUACCAAGAGUUUUCAUCUACUGAUUUCGUGUCAAAGGAUAAAAAUGCCAGCACAAGAGGAAAGAAACCCCUGGAAGAUCCUAGAGCUACAACAUUAAGGAUUGGUGAUGGGCCAAAGGUCACUGGGGUCCCACUAAAAGAGAACAGAGAUGAAGAUCAUCCUUUUGACUACCAAAAGCUGCUACGGAAGACCUCUCAGCGCAGGCGCCUUAUCCAGCAAUAUUAGCAGCUGCUGCUACUG